CAAAGUUUUCUGAAUAAGAAUUACAGAAUUUUGAUGCAAUUUUGUGGAAGACCACGUUCGAAAAAGACAUAUAAACACGGAUGGAAUGACUAUAAACAUUUUCUCUCUAAAAAUAAAAUCUCAAAUAUCAUGUAUCUGCGCAGUUCAUGGAGAGUGUGCUGGAAGUGGAGCUAUAUAUGAUAAGAGGGCUGGCUUGUUGAGCUCUGCUUACAUUCCUCGAAAGCCCUUCGCAGGCGAUGCAAUAGCCGGAUCGUCUGCCAAACGACGUGCACUUCUCGUGGAUACAAAGACCACCACAUUUCGUGCUCACAAUGCCUGUACGAAUAGCAGUUGUGGGAGCUGGCAUCAUUGGCCUGACAACAGCUGUAAAGGCAAUAGAGACGCUCCACGACGUUGACAUCACCAUACUGGCCGACAAAUUCACUCCAGAAACGACUGGGGAUGUGGCAGCUGGGUUUUUCAACCCCUACAUCAUUAAAGGGGUACCAGAGGAGAAAGUCAGAGAUUGGUGUGUUCAGACGUUUGACUUCUACCUUGAACUCUUGAGGGGAGACAGUGCUUGCGACUUGGGCCUGUGCCUGAUCCCCGCAUACUUAUUGGAAACUAAGUGGAUUCCCCGUCCACUGCAUGCCGAUGCAUUCUUACACUACCGUGACAUGACUACAAAGGAACUGCAAGCAUUUCCCAAUAAAUAUAGAUAUGGUGCUUUUGUCGUUUCUAUGAUCAUCGAGUGCAAACGAUUUCUGCCGUACCUCAUGCGGAGGUUCGAAAGAAAUGGUGGAAAACUGAAGUCCUAUAAGGUCCACAAUCUGGAAGAAUUGGCCUCAAAUUUUGACAUCGUCGUCAACUGUUCUGGUGUGGGAGCCAGUGCGAUAACUGCGGAUGACAUUCUCAAACCUGUCCGAGGUCAGACCAUUAGGGUGCAUGCUCCAUGGAUAAAGUAUGUCGUCGUUGGUGGCGAGGAUUUUCACGUCAUUCCAAACAUUGACAAUGUCAUGCUUGGCGGAACUAAAGAUGUUGGAAAUUGGUCACUGGUUCCUGAUCCAAAGAUUAGAGAUACUAUCUGGAACGGGUGUGUCGAGCUGAUUCCGAGCAUCAAGAAAGCAAAAAUCGUUGAAGAAAACGUUGGACUGCGUCCUGGACGAGACCCCGUUAGGAUCGAGAGAGAACAACGGAGUAUUCCAGGCCUACACAAAAAAUUACCAAUAAUCCACAAUUAUGGGCAUGGUGGUUCAGGCAUUACAGUCUGCUGGGGUUGUGCAGAUGAUGCACUAAAGCUUUUGAAGGGUGCUAUUGAAGAGAGGAAGUUCGCCGUGCAAAAGUCCCGCCUGUAGGACGAUACCACUGUUGUGCAGUUUUUUUGUGUGUGUUUUUUUUUUGUGUGUGUGUGUGUGUUUGUUACGAGAAUGUCCUCGGUAUCCCUUGUGGUAGUACAUUUUUACGCUCCUGUAGCGAAAGCGUGCUUUAUGUGCAUGUAUAAUGUGGAUUUCUAUCGCCGUGUAAAAAAUUACUCUGGCAUGGCCGACGUUGAAACCUUUGUUAAUGAUGCAUGUCUCUGUUCACCUUUGCUGUUGAAACUUUUUACACGCCUGACUUGUUUGCGUAGGUUAAGAAACAAUUGACAAAUGAUUUCAGAUAUAUGUUGUUAACAUCUUAUUCUGCCAUUUGCUUCAGCUGUCAGAGAAUGACCUGACAGGAAUGGACAUAUGUAACGGUAAAGAACAAAAAUCGCACGUUAUGACUCUAUAUUUUUAAACAGCAGCAACAUGAAUAUCACGACAGUCGGGUUUCAAGGAAAUGAACCGAACUUAAAUCAAAUACAGUUGUGUACUGUUGAUGUGGGAAAUAAGUAAAUAUGGCACUAUGUGAAUAACAGAAGCAUGUGCACUCAACACCCUCAACAAGA